AUGAAAACCUCAACCCUCCUCGGUUCAGAGUGCGUGGUCUCCGAACAGUGUACGCUAAAAGUUGCGUACAGUGCGUGCUUGGACGGCGUCUGCCGUUGCACCGAUGGUCAUUUGCAAUUCAGAAAACACACAUGCCUCUCACCCGCUCCACCAUCCCAUGUGUGUUACAUGAACGAACACUGCCGCCUUUGGGACAAAGAUAGCCAUUGUGAAUUCGUCAUACCUAACCUCUUUGGAAGAUGUUCUUGCAAUUCGUAUUUCAAACAAUCCGGUAAUAAAUGCCUUCCAAUCAAACCAACGGCGUAUGCUACAGAGGCUGUUAUUGCAGAGCAAGACACAAUCAAUGAUUCGAGUGACAAUUCAAAUAACUACGAAGCAGCCAGCCUAAAAGACCCUUCAGGACAAGCCAGUUUAGUCAUCGCAUCCGAAGAUGUCAAACCAAGUAAGCUACCAAUGUUUACAAGCAAGAAUGAUGUUCUAAGCACUCAAGAGGAUAGCCCGCUGAUGCAAGCCGUUAUGAAAGUACCAUUUGUGGAACAAGCGAAACGUCUACCAGUAUCCAAUAGGAAGGACGGAGAAUCUAAUGAACUCAAAGUUGAUGAAAUGACUGCGAAUCUACAUGCAAAUGAUCAGCCAGUUUAUAGAGUUGUUACACAACCUUCGAUUGAUAAGAAGUCUAACAAAAAGAGUGGUUCUAAAGAAAAUGCAAAACAGAAAGGGCAUCAGAAGAAAUCGUCACUCAAAGAUAAGCAACGCGUAAGGGCAGAUGGAGUGCCUAAACUGGACCUGGGGCCAGUAUCCUUGGGUAUGCCUUGUUACAUCGAUAGCCAAUGCCAGAAGGUGGAUCCUAACGCACAGUGCGUGAACAAACGCUGUGACUGCAUGUACCGUACUAAUUCCACUGCUGCGUGUUCUGCUAGAAAUAGGGGCUGUCUCCCGGGAACUUUCCAAUGUCGAUCCACUGGCACCUGCAUCAGCUGGUACUUCGUGUGCGAUGGGAGGAAGGACUGCCCCGAUGGUUCCGACGAGAAAUGCUUAGGUACUGACGGCAUGGGCGAACGCUGUCCGAUGCACGCGUUCCGUUGCGGCGGCCCCGGUUCGCCGUGCGUGUCCCGCGCGUCACGGUGUGACGGGACGCCACAGUGUCCCGGAGGAGAAGAUGAGAGGAAUUGCAAGGCGACUAGGCGUAAAGGUUGUCCACGUCACACAUUCCGCUGCAACUCGGGCGAAUGUCUCCCUGAGUACGAGUUCUGCAAUGCUAUCAUUUCCUGCAAGGACGCGUCAGAUGAACCACCUCAUCUAUGUAAUGAACAAUCUAGAUGGCGCGCAGCAGACUUCUGUCCGCUCCGCUGUGGUAAUGGACGAUGUCGAAGCACAGCCGUGGCUUGCUCGGGCCGGGAUGGUUGUGGGGAUAACAGUGACGAGAUAGCCUGCUCAGUCUGCAGAUGUCCAUCAGCACCAGAAGCACCUUGA